UAUANCACGAGUAGCUUCUUCGGCGACGAACUCUGGCCAGCUGAUAAGCUUGGAUUUACCAAAACUGCCAUCCAGGCGAAGCCUGACUCUGUCUACUUCGUCGUUAGCAGAGGUGUCGAUGUAGAUGUUAAAAGACUGCCCAAACGUCCAGCUCCUCCUCAAUUUGGAAGGAAACUAACUGAUGCUCAAAAGGCCAGAGCAACACACAUUUGCCUAGACUGUGGUUACAUAUACACUUUGCCAAAGUCUUUCGAUGACCAGCCGGAGGACUAUGCAUGUCCACAAUGUAGAGCACCAAAGAAGAGGUUUGCAAAAUAUGAUGUUAACACUGGGAGAGCAAUAGGAGGAGGAUUGCCUCCUAUUGGUGUCAUUAUUGGUCUCAUUGCUGGUAUUGGUGGUGUUGGAGCAUUACUUGUUUAUGGUCUUCAAUAAAUGAUCUUCUCUUAGUACAAAAAAUUUCCUCUGAUCUAUACCUUAAAAAGUGUUAAAAACCAUUGUUUAUGCUCAGAAAUACACAUUCCAAAGACUAAUAACCACAUUCCAGACUUCAACAUGUUACCUUGUUGUUUUCCAGUUUUCAGUUUA